ACAAUGUCUGUAGAACUUAAAGAGGUGCUUCGUUUGAUCCUGUUAAUGUCCAAACAAACCCAAAAAAAAGGACAAGACAAAGGAGGACUGCUCAUUCUCAUAUGGACACAAACACAGCCUGAAACACGGUCUGAAACAUGGUCUGAAGUGUCCAGUCUCUGCUCUACAGUUGCUGCUGCUGGGCCUUGGUGUGCAGGGAUACAAAUGAAGGAACUUUACCCAGUCUUUGUAGAUUUAAUGAAAAGACUACACCCCUGUCCCGGGCCGUGUCCAGAGCCUGACAUAGAAGACCUGUGUGCCUUUACGGAUUUGCAUGGAUCACUCCAUGUAUUCCUGUCCUUCCUGAUGAAGAAUAUUCACAUUUUCAGAUCAAAGUGGCAACAUCAGAUUGAAACAUUUCUUCACAGAUUCAGCCUGACCAAUGCAGAGAUCGAAAUUCAUCUUCGAAUUCGAAUUGACCACAAACUCUUUCAACGAGAUUUUAGAGUGAAAGAUUACCUCAGAGUUUCACUAUUCAGCCAAAGACCACUUUACUUGGAUGUCUCAGUCGAUACACACCAUUUAGAGUCUUCUAAGAGUCUGCAGCGUUGCCAUGGCGGGCACCCUGACAUUGGCGACAGCUUACUUCUCAGUAUUCCUCCCAAAGCCAUGGAACAGGGGCUUUUUGGGACUGUCACCCUUGGACUUGUCACAUUGCUGAAACCGUGUGUUCUGCAGUAUCCGAAUGUGGAAACACAUCUCACUCAAAUAAAAAUAUCCUUAACUGUGUUGGUUUAUAGUCCCAGCAAUGUUCCAGAUACAAAUCCAUCUGCCUUUAUGCAAAACUUCCCCACUCAUCUGAACUGUCGGGAAUUGGGUCUACAAAAUCUGAGUUUCCAAGAAGUCCUAGCCGGUGGUGACACUGUCUAUAAAGUGGAACAAGUUAACUCUCCUGAGGGUGGUGAAAAGUCAAAUCUCUUCUCCAUUGACCAAAGUGUGUUGCUUUUCCUGUUUCUGCAACACACUGACCCCUUUACGACUGAGAUCUCUGACAUUAUGACUAACGAGGUGCUGUUAGAGCACCACCUAGAGGAUAUACUAAUCUACAACAAGGAGGCUGUGACAAACGCUGUGGCAAAUGAGCUCAAAAAGACAAUGACAGCCCAGAAUAACAGGAAAAAGGAUCAUGGAAAGAUGCAUUCAGCAUGUGAAGUAAUCCUGAGUUCAGCCCUCGACAUCAUUACCUGCAGCAGCAACAUGGACUUUAGAAAUGCUUGCAUGAACACCAUGAAG